UUGUAUAUUUAUUGCGCCGACAUUUAUACACCCACCUGUCGCUGUGCUUCUGCCUCAGUGUUCGUUGACCGUCCAACUCCAUUCAUUAGCGGCGUGAGAAAACCCCUCGACUUUUUCAGGAACAUGUCAGCCGCGUGGUUGUUAGCAUUCUGCAUCGGCGCAAUUUGCCUCGAGAACCAACUAGCUGCAUCAUUGGAACUUCGGAACCAUGACUUGGAGACGAUCGUCGAGUUCAAAUACUUGGACUACGAAUACGAAAGCGAAAAACAAAAACAAGCAGUCCUGAACUGCACUGGUUACGUGAAGAAGAACAACAGCCCUAUCGAUGUCGACGUUUGGUAUAAUAGUUAUACCAGGGAGAAGAAAAUAUUCGUCACCGUGCCAAGGGGUAAGGGCGUGCCCUCGACACUGAACACCGUGUCCAAGAAAAAGGGCGACGGCGGUCCUCUUCUCAAGCCUUAUCCUAACUGGUCGCUGGCCAAAACAGAUUGCAGUGGCAUCUACAGCGUCUACAGAGUCGACAUCCUGAGGCACUACUUGUACGUGCUGGACAACGGAAAAUUGGACGACGAUGCGGUUUGCCCGCCUAGGCUUCUCUGUUUCGACCUGUAUACCGACAAAAUUGUGAUGAACGUGACGAUACCGCACGAUAUCGCGUUCAACAGCACGACGGGACAGGGGCUCUUGGUCACACCGAUCGUUGUGCCAUCCCUGACGGAACUAAUAUUCCCACUGGCCAGCAGAGUUUAUAUAGCAGAUCCGACUGGCCACGCAUUGAUCGUUUACAACGGCUUGUUCAACUCGUUCAAGCGACUGACAUCGAGCGCAAUGAACGUCGAUCCAGCCGCAGUGACUUACACGAUCAACGGGCAAUCUUUCCAACUCGAAGAUAGCAUCGUAGGAAUGGCCGUGUCUCCUAAAUCCAAGAGACUUUACGCCAGCCCCAUGUCCUCCUAUAACAUGAUCGACGCCGACUAUAUAACGCUCCUAUUCGCGGAACGCAACGCAAACUUCCAAGUAUACAAGAACAUUCUGCCUACUCAGUCGAGUGCCAAAGCGUUCUCUCAAUCGGGCAUUCUGUUCUUUGGACUUGUGAACAGCACAUCUAUCGGAUGCUGGUACGAGGGGCGGUCUCUUCGACAGGACAAUAUGAUCAUAAUCGCUGAAAACUCCAAAACUCUACAAUUCACCAGCGGCAUGAAAGUGAGACAGGACCCUAAUCUGGGCCAAGAGCGUUUAUGGGCUUUAACGUCCAGAUACCAAAAACUAGCUACCAACACUUUGAACGUGACAGAAGUCAAUUUCCGAAUUUUGAGCAGAUGCGUGUCGGACUUGGUAAAAGACACGCGCUGCGAAGUUCCAUGGUAUGGUUACAUCUAAUUCGUACAAGUCCUCGAAAAUAGCCUUCUACUUUGUAAUGCACGCAUAGUGCACGUUUAAACCAAUCCUUGGCGCUAGUACGAUGUUCGUAUACUGAAAAUAAACAUCUUUUUUUGUGCAUGUUA